AUGCCCAGUUUCUUCUCCCCGUUGCAACCUAUGGGACUGAGACUUUCUGCAGAUCCCGAGGACGGGAUCAUGAAGCCCCGAACCCUCUUCCUGCUGCUGCUCUUGCUCCCAGGGACUCUGGCCCUGACGGAGACCAAGACCUGCGUGGGUGAGUGCGGAGUCGGGAAGGAAACCGCCUUUGUGGCUGGGAGCGAGAGACCCGCCCAGCCCGCCGCGCCAGGAGGGAGCCCAACUGGCUUCACCUGGUGCAUCCUGCACUGCAGCUGCAGGCGUAGCUGUACGCCAGUCCAGAGCCGCGCCUGCACUUCUCAGCUCUUGGGCUGUCCAUGGGACCGGGCGCCACUGAGCAGGGGGCAGCGCCCGUCGUAUUUCAGCACCACCGUGUCCCGGCCUGGCCGCGGGGAGCCGUGCUUCAUCGCCGUGGGCUACGUAGACUACAUGCAGUUCGUGCGGUUCGACAGCGACGCCGCGAGUCCGAGGAUGGAGCCACGAGCGCCGUGGGUGGAGCAGGAGGGGCCAGAGUAUUGGGACCGGGAGAUACGAAGCGCCAAGACCCCACGCAGAGACUUUCCAAGGGAACUUGCAGACGCUGCUCCGCUACUACGAGAGCGGAGCCAGUGAGUAACCCCAGUCCGGGACGCAGGUCACGACUCCUCCCUGUCCCUUCCGGACAGCCCGGGUCGCCCUGAGUCUCCGGGUC